AAUCCUAAACCCACUCCAAUUAAUUUUAAAUCUCCCCACAGCUCCAUUGAAAGAAUAAUAAAAGAAAGGCGCGAUUAACAAAUUGGAGUUGCUCAAACUCAGCUCACCGGGAAACACGCCGGAGUUGUUCGUCAACACCGCGGCUCCUCGAUUCCGAUCUAAGACGGCGUGGUUAAUAUAAUAGGAUCCAAAAGCUUCAGUUAAAAGUCAUGUCGGUUCCUGACGAGGAAAAUUUGUCGUCACAGUCACAGGUUUCAUCUCACUUUUUCUGCGAUCUCCUUGAUUCCAUUAUAGUUGAUGUGGCAUCAGAGUGUCACAGAAUAGCCAAGCUGGGGCUUGAUGCCAAUAUGGAUGAAGAGGACGAAGAAUUGAAGUUGUCAGUACAGGCGAGGGCUAGACUGGCUGAUCCUAGUAAUAGUAAUGAAGCAAAUGGCAAGUAUGUGGUUGACAUAUUCGGACAAACUCAUCCUACCGUAGCAAAUGAAAUAUUUGAUUGCAUGAAUUGUAACCGAUCUAUCGUGGCAGGGAAGUUUGCUCCUCAUUUAGAGAAGUGCAUGGGGAAGGGUAGGAAGGCUCGUUUGAAGGUAACAAGGAGCAGCUCCGGGUCAGGCGCACAGAACCGGUAUUCACGAGGCAGUUCUGUUCGUACAUAUUCAAAUCAAUCUGGCAACAUUAGUAGUGUGAAUCGGUUGGCAAAUGGAAACCCUAGUUUUGCCGGUGACGAGCACUCAAACGGAUCAUCUCAGCCAUGAACUAGUGUGAUGUAUGUGAUGUAUGAAGCUUGUUUUUAUGGAUAGCUCAUCACUAUGUGUAUUUGGAUUUUGUAUAUCUCUAACAUUUUGGACAAAUAAUCUACCUUUGCUUUGAUCUGUUUA